GUUGAGAAAUUGGCUUACUAGUCCUAGGAGAGUAGCCAAAGCGCAUGCGCGUGAUGGUUUUUCCUACGCUCCCUACACACUCGAGCCACCAGGGGAUAGUUGCUGGAGCGCAAUGGCGGUGCACCGGGGACCUUCUUCGAAAUGGCUCUUUUCCCGGGAGCAACUAGAAACAACGCCGUCGCGCCGCAGUGGAGUCGAAUCUGAUAGGGAACUUUCUUACCGACAGCAAGCCGCCAACCUAAUUCAGGAUAUGGGCCAGAGACUCAACGUGUAUCCUGUCUGAAAAUGAGGCUUUCAGCCCGCUAUGUGGCAGCUAGGCUAACUAGCUACCCAAAAUGGUUGUGCCGUUUGUUAGCUUGGUACCUAGUAGCCAGCUAGUUAGUUUUAUUUUCAAGUAACUGAAACACAACCAAAUGUGUCCAUUUUUAAAAUACUAGUUGAAUUUAUAACUUCGACUAAGGUUUUGGUUUGAUUACAAAAUAGGGUACCUAACGCAGUGACGGUAACUUGAGGUUGUUAGACUAGCUAGUUAUUCAGCUAACUAGAUAGCUACCAUGCUAACCUCGUUCUGUUAUGUGAUCAGCUAGCUAUUAUGGCCUGCUAGCCGUUCGCUUUAGCAACCCUGUUAUCGUCUACUCAGCCGGCUGGAUGUACAAAUAACUAUUAGUUAAUCAGAUUUAUGAGCAUAUAUAAUAUGGUUUGUGUUAUGUUAUCUCACGAGGUAGUUAAUUGUGACAUCUUGGUCAGCUCUGUCUCAUUAUGGGAGAAACGUUAGUGGUUAACGUUAGCGAACGUGAGCUAACUAGCUUAGAUGGGAACAAAGCUAGGUGGAUUGCCAGCCAACUACCAGUAAAUGACAUCAGCCAGCUAGGAUGUUAGGUAGUUUAUGCUUUGAUUGCAGUAUUUCUGUUGUUUCAAUCCACAUAUCACUUGGAAUACCUUAAGUCUUGUAUUCAGCUCUCAACUCAUCAUCAACACUGCAAUCGUUUACAUGCAUAGAUUUUAUAUGAUUCACUCUUUCACCAAGUUUCAUAGGAAUGUAAGUAAUCACCAUCUCAAUUGUAACAUCAAUCUUUUUUGUAUUUUCUUUCUCUAACUAUUUCUAUCUAGCUUCUUCCUAUAUCUGUCUGUGCUGUCUUGCCAACUCUUAUGGUCAUUGUGCUUGGUGUGACAAUGACUUGCAGUUGGCAAGACAGCACAGACAGAUCUGGGACAAGGCUAACUUCUAUCUACAAGGGAGAUCUGAUGGAUUUCUUUUAGGCUUGGGUGGUAUACCUUAUAUACCGUACACCUGGGUAUUUGGAAAUAGCCACGGGAUGGUUUUUCAAUGCUGUCUAUAACGUUGAAAUUUGCAUGUGGAAACUAUUAAUUUGAAAUGUUUCUUUACAUUUUAAUAUUUGUAGCUACUUUUUAAGUUAAUACCUGCAGUCAACUUGUGCAAUAUGUUAGGAGAGAAAGCAGAUUGCGUUCUUAAUUUCUCCUGUCACAUUAUUUUACAUUAUGAAGCUUACCAUCUACAUUUUAGUAAUUUAGCAGAUGGUCUUAUCCAGAGCGACUUACAUUAGUGAGUGCAUACAUUUUCGUACUGGUCUCCCGUGGGAAUCGAACCCACAACCGUGGCGUUGCAAGCGCCAUGCUCUACCAACUGAGCUACAAGGGACUACCUACACUAGUUCCCCAGAACAGUUGAGCCAGUCUCUGUUUGUUUGUAAAUAGCAAAACUGGAGAAAGCGGGAGCAGGUGAGUCCAACUGUGUAAUGACAGAGGUCGCGUUUUAUAUUGAAAGUCAAGUGUUUUUUUCUUCAAUAGAGGGAUCAGGGACUUGCAACUUUAGUUUUCCUUCACAGAAAAUACAACACAUUUGGCAGAAAAUAGAAUAAGUGCAACGCUAUUUGGCUGGCAGCCACACAGGUAGGCUAAAUGAGCUUACAAUUAAAAAGCAAGGUUGUUUUUGCAAAAAUGAUGCAUGGCCAUCAUUUCUUUUUAUCAUAGAUAGGAAAUGUAGCUGACUACAUUCUAAUGUUUUUCUCAAAGUUAAUCUUACAUUUUACUGGAGAAAGGUAGGCAGGCUACACUGAGAAAAGUAACUACAUGUCAAUCAGAGCGCUGUCUGCUGAAUGCAUGUGUGAAUUCUCAUCAAAAUCAAAUCACAUUUUAUUGGUCACAUACACAUAUUUAGCAGAUGUUAUUGCGGGUGUAGUGAAAUGCUUGUUUUCCUAGCUCCAAUAGUGCAGUAGUAUCUAACAAUUCACAACAAUACACACAUCUGAAUAUAAUUAAGAAAUGUAUAAAUAUUAGGGCGAGCAAUGUCGGAGUGGCAUUGACUAAAAUACAGUAGAAUACAGUAUGUAAACAUUAUUAAAGUGACCUGUGAUUCCAUGUUUAUGUACAUAGGAUAGCAGCCCUCUAAGGUGCAGGGUUGAGUAACCGGGUGGUAGCUCAGUUGGUAGAGCAUGGCGCUUGCAACGCCAGGGUUGUGGGUUCGAUUCCCACGGGGAGCCAGUAUGAAAAAUAUAUGCACUCACUAAAAACUGUAAGUUGCUCUGGAUAAGAGCGUCUGCUAAAUGACUCAAAUGUAAAUGUAGCAGGCUAGUAAUGGCUAUUUAACAGUCUGAUGGCCUUGAGAUAGAAGCUGUUUUUCAGUCUUUCGGUCCCAGCUUUGAUGCACCUGUACUGACCACGCCUUCUGGAUGAUAGCGGGGUGAACAGGCUGUCGCUCGGGUGGUUGAUGUCCUUGAUGAUCUUUUUGGCCUUGCGACAUCAGGUGCUGUAGGUGUCCUGGAGGGCAGGCAGUGUGUCCCCGGUGAUGCGUUGGGCAUACCGCACCACUCUUUGGAGAGCCCUGCUGUUGCAGUCGGUGCAGUUGCCAUACCAAGCGGUGAUACAUCCCGACAGGAUGCUCUCAAUUGUGCAUCUGUAAAAGUUUGUAAGGGUCUUGGGGGGCCAAGCUGAAUUUCUUCAGCCUCCCGAGGUUGAAGAAGUGCUGUUGCGCCGCCUUCACCACACUGUCUGUGUGGGUGGACCAUUUCAGAUAGUCAGUGAUGUGUACGCCGAGGUACUUGAAUCUUUUCACCUUCUCCACUGCGGCCCCGUUGAUGCUCCCUCUGCUGUUUCCUGAAGUCCACGAUCAGCGCCAUUGUUUUGUUGAGGGAGAGGUCAUUUUCCUGGCACCACACCACCAGGGCCCUCACCUCCUCCCUGUUGGCUUUCUCGUCAUUGUUGGUAAUCCGGCCUACUACUGUUGUGUCGUCUGCAAACUUGAUGAUUGUUAGAGGCGUGCGUGGCCACGCAGUCAUGGGUGAACAGGAGGGGGCUGAGCAUGCACCCUUGUGGGGCCCCUGUGUUGAGGAUCAGCGUAGUGGAGGUGUUGUUUCAUACCUUCACCACCUAGGGGUGGCCCGUCAGGAAGUCCAGGACCCAGUUGCACAGGGUGGGGUUCAGACCCAGGGCCCCAAACUUAAUGAAGAGCUUGGAGGGUACUAUGGUGUUGAAGGCUGAGCUAUAGUCAAAGAACAACAUUCUUACAUGGGUAUUCCUCUUGUCCAGAUGGGAGUGGAGAAGUGCAACUGAAGCACAAAAUUAGUCUGAUGCAGAGCAGAAAUUACAAUAAGAAGCAUUUUAGGUCUGCAUUUACAAAACACAGCAAGAUAAAACUCAUAAGAAAUAUAUAUUUUUCCUGCUUGAAAAACUGAACAAUUCUGCUUUAACGCGACCCCUAAGUUUAACUUGCUAGUUAUCUCAGUAAGUGGCUGAAUUAAUAAGGUGACGGGCAAUCAUAUUGUCUUCGCCUUCUGCCGUGUUUGAGAUGUCAAAGCCCUUGGGAUGAGUUGGUAGUGGCAGCUGUACAGAUAUCUUUUCAAAUCCUUGUGUUUUUCCUCCUCUCUGUUCUGGGCCUGUCUGCUCCUCCCCAUCUUCUCAGAGCAGGCAGGCCCGUUGCCCGUUGCAGUAUUGUUCAUUUGCACAAUGUCUCUCAUUCACAUUCGCUUGUAAAUGUACAAACUCACCAAAAAUGACGUUCUGUAGCUCCUUCCUAUAUAAAAAAUAUGUUGAACUCCAAAAAACAUUUCCGUUUGCGCUCGAUAGCAUAUUUAGCUAGCAGCCUCCAUGGAAAUGACUUGUGCUCAUUCUGUUAGCAUUCUGGUAAUAGAUGCACAAUAGGCUUUUUCACCCCGUUUUUGGCGCCCCCUUGUGCACUAAGUCUGUAAUACCGUAAUUCCCGGUAUGAGAGGAGGAUGGUAUGAAAAUCUGGAUACCGCCCAACCUUAAUUUCUUUGACCCUACAGAUCAUCUCCCAAACAACCUUGUUCCUGGCCGCGAAGGUUGAGGAACAGCCUAGGAAGCUUGAACAUGUCAUCAAAGUGGCCCACGCCUGUGUCAACCCCCAGGAUGCACCACUAGACACCAAGAGCAAUGUAAGUGAGGCCUCUGUACCUGGGUGUUGUGGAUCUCUGUCAUAUUGCUAGAGAGAGAGCGACAUAUUACAAAUAUGAAAUCUGUUGAACUUUAGGCAUACCAUCAGCAAGCUCAGGAGCUGGUGAUACUAGAAACGAUAGUACUGCAGACGCUGGGUAAGGAUCUGUCUAUAGAUGGAUGAUAAAUGGAAACUUUAUGAGUUGCAUCCCAAAUGGCACCUUAUGCUUUACACACAGUAAAAUACUUUUGCCCAGUUGGCCCUGGUCAAAAGUAGUGCAAUAUAAAGGGGAAUAGGGUACCAUUUGGGAUGCAGUCAUGGUCAUGUCUGGUUCAUUUGCACACUGGAUGACCUAUGGGCCUUUUGUAAUAUCUAAUAAUGUUCCAUUCCAUUGUUUUCAGGUUUUGAAAUAACAAUUGAACAUCCUCACACUGAUGUUGUGAGAUGUUCCCAGCUAGUGCGAGGUACAGGCUCCUUUCUUUGUCUUUCCAUCUCAUCACCUUCUCUCGUCUUUGACACACACACAGACACGUACCUUUUAUUAAACCUCUGCUGGAUGUAACCAGUUGUUAUAAUAAUAUGUUGUCGUCAUUUUAUUUUAUUCCAGUGCUAGUCUGAGAUUCCGAGCUAACCUUUGACCUUUCUCUUCCUUCUAUUACAGCAAGCAAGGAUUUGGCACAGACUUCCUAUUUCAUGGCUACCAACAGGUUGUUAUCCUGACCCCCCCCCCCCCCCCCCCACCACCACUAUGUUGCACUGUGAUGGCACACUAUAGCUUCCUGUACUGGCAGGUCCCCCUUCCUGUGUCCAACGCCCUCUUUGCGCCAGGCAGGUUUCUGGGAAACCCCUAGGGGCGGUACCGGACAGCCAGCCAGGCUGCAGCAGUGCGGUGUAUUGUACAAGGGCUCAGUGUUGGCACAUAGGGGUUGAAUGCACAAUGUGAAGUGUUAGUGGUGCUGUAGAACGUCCUCCCUGACCAUUUGGUUGCUACAGAGUGCAUAUGUCUCCUCCUUCCUAAAACACAAUUGGUAGCCUGAAUAUAGCUUGCCACUAAAGAUCAGUGAAAAGAUGUAAACUAUAGAAUCUGUCCCGGUAAGUAUUAAUAACGUUUUCUUUUCUUUUCUUGAUUUACGUUUGACAAAUAUAAGCUAAUAUGUAAGGGUAACAAGCAAAUUCUUAGUAAUAUUUAGUAGUAAUAAUUUACACACCUAAUACUCCAGUAGUAAAAUGAUCAUCCAUAAUUCUCUAUCUUAUUAAAUUGAGGGAAAAAAAUUCAGAAAAUAACAUUGUAGGAUUUUUAAUGAAUUUAUUUGCAAAUUAUGGUGGAAAAUAAGUAUUUGGUCACCUACAAACAAGCAAGAUUUCUGGCUCUCACAGACCUGUACCUUCUUCUUUAAGAGGCUCCUCUGUCCUCCACUCGUUACCUGUAUUAAUGGCACCUGUUUGAACUUGUUAUCAGUAUAAAAGACACCUGUCCACAACCUCAAACAGUCACACUCCAAACUCCACUAUGGCCAAGACCAAAGAGCUGUCAAAGGACACCAGAAACAAAAUUGUAGACCUGCACCAGGCAGGGAAGACUGAAUCUGCAAUAGGUAAGCAGCUUGGUUUGAAGAAAUCAACUGUGGGAGCAAUUAUUAGGAAAUGGAAGACAUACAAGACCACUGAUAAUCUCCCUCGAUCUGGGGCUCCACGCAAGAUCUCACCCCGUGGGGUCAAAAUGAUCACAAGAACGGUGAGCAAAAAUCCCAGAACCACACAGGGGGACCUAGUGAAUGACCUGCAGAGAGCUGGGACCAAAGUAACAAAGCCUACCAUCAGUAACACACUACGCCGCCAGGGAUUCAAAUCCUGCAGUGCCAGACGUGUCCCCCUGCUUAAGCCAGUACAUGUCCAGGCCCGUCUGAAGUUUGUUAGAGUGCAUUUGGAUGAUUCAGAAGAGGAUUGGGAGAAUGUCAUUUGGUCAGAUGAAACCAAAAUAGAACUUUUUGGUAAAAACUCAACUCGUCGUGUUUGGAGGACAAAGAAUGCUGAGUUGCAUCCAAAGAACACCAUACCUACUGUGAAGCAUGGGGGUGGAAACAUCAUGCUUUGGGGCUGUUUUUCUGCAAAGGGACCAGGACGACUGAUCCGUGUAAAGGAAAGAAUGAAUGGGGCCAUGUAUCGUGAGAUUUUGAGUGAAAACCUCCUUCCAUCAGCAAGGGCAUUGAAGAUGAAACGUGGCUGGGUCUUUCAGCAUGACAAUGAUCCCAAACACACCGCCCGGGCAACGAAGGAGUGGCUUCGUAAGAAGCAUUUCAAGGUCCUGGAGUAGCCAGUCUCCAGAUCUCAACCCCAUAGAAAAUCUUUGGAGGGAGUUGAAAGUCCAUGUUGCCCAGCGACAGCCCCAAAACAUCACUGCUCUAGAGGAGAUCUGCAUGGAGGAAUGGGCCAAAAUACCAGCAACAGUGUGUGAAAACCUUGUGAAGACUUACAGAAAACGUUUGACCUGUGUCAUUGCCAACAAAGGGUAUAUAACAAAGUAUUGAGAAACUUUUAUUAUUGACCAAAUACUUAUUUUCCACCAUAAUUUGCAAAUACAUUUAUUAAAAAUCCUACCAUGUGAUUUUCUGGAAAAUUAUUUCUCAUUUUGUCUGUCAUAGUUGGCGUGAACCUAUGAUGAAAAUUACAGGCCUCUCUCAUCUUUUUAAGUGGGAGAACUUGCACAAUUGGUGGCUGACUAAAUACUUUUUUCCCCCACUGUAUGAGGGACUUGUAAGCUAUAGGUAUCCUCUUCUUUACCUUAUUAGAAUCUAAACAUUACAAUUCAUUAUAUCGUACAAGAUUUUACUACAUUUGGGAUAUUAAUUAUUUUCCUCAAGAUUGCUGUUAGAUUAAUUUGUAUUUUAAGAAUAAUGACUAAAGGAUUUCACCCCAAAUACAGUAUAAAUGUGUAAACUGUGUUAGAAUUAUCAACCCACUAACAGAGGGGGGCGGGACUAAACAUUCCAGGGUGAAGGAGAAAGGUGGAAACUGUUUAAGAAAGCCUCCUAAAGGUGGGCGUAGCAAAGUGCCUUUGUGUGUCGAGGUAUAAAACAGGAUGUAUGUGUUUUGGGCGCCAGAGCUCUCCAUGAAUAAACAUACAGAUCAUUCUUGUUGGUUAACAAUUGCCCAGAUUUUUGCAAUGUUAGGCUAUUGAACCAUUUGAAAAAGGACAUUUAAAGGAAUGAUGUGUGCAAAUGUAUGAGUGAGAUGGCAUGACUUGACAGGCUGGACUGGAACAAAGCAGGUGGAUGGUGGAAAUCAAUGAUCUCUAGGAAACAAGCUUGAUCCCAAUAUAAAAAUGCUCAGUACUCUCAAAGAACAAGUUUACCAUCUAGGUUGUUGUAAAUGUAUCAGUUUCAUAAGGUACAAUUCUGUAGGCAAUGGUAAGGGAAACAACCUCGAUCAUCCAUCAUAGAAACCACCGGGGUAUGUGCCUCUGUCACUCACUCUCCACAACAGUCUGAAAUAUGAACAUAGUAUUAUAUGAACUGUAUGCAUGCAGAUCUAUUAUACUCUGAGCUGUAUUAGACCAGAGACAUGGUUCUAGUCUAGAGACCUCAUAGAGCAGGGGUUCAAACCUCUCCUUGGGGACCCCCCCAGCCCUUCCAUGUAUUUGAACUGUUCCACAAUUAGCACACCUGAUUCGACUUGUCAACUAAUCAUCAAGUCCGCGGAAAGGUUUGAAAAGCACUUCCAUAGGGUCUCCAGCCAUGUCCCAGGGCUAGUACUGAUGUUGUGUAUUCCCAUCCUGGAACUGUAGCUAACAGGUGUCUCCUCUGUGGUCUUGUCUCCCCUCCAACAGCCUCCACCUCACCACCUUCUGCCUGCAGCACAAGCCCACGGUCAUCGCCUGCGUCUGCAUCCACCUGGCCUGUAAAUGGUCCAACUGGGAGAUCCCUGUCUCUACUGAUGGGAAACACUGGUGGGAGUAUCUGGACCGCACCGUCACACUCACACUGCUGGACGGUGAGAAACAUUUGAGUGUUCUUAUUUGAUUUGAAGGACAGUGGAAUUCCACCCUCGUAGGGGGAUAUAGGGCAGGAGGACAGUGGAAUUCCACCCUCGUAGGGGGAUAUAGGGCAGGAGGACAGUGGAAUUCCACCCUCGUAGGGGGAUAUAGGGCAGGAGGACAGUGGAAUUCCACCCUCGUAGGGGGAUAUAGGGCAGGAGGACAGUGGAAUUCCACCCUCGUACGGGGAUAUAGGGCAGGAGGACAGUGGAAUUCCACCCUCGUAGGGGGAUAUAGGGCAGGAGGACAGUGGAAUUCCACCCUCGUAGGGGGAUAUAGGGCAGGAGGACAGUGGAAUUGGGAACAGUUGGUUGAAGGUGUUGAACCUUCGGGGGGUCUGUAGUGUAAUUCCACCCUCCGUUAGUAUUUCUUGUUGUUUAUUCAGACUGCACAGAAACGGGGAUACAACGCAGGGGGAUACAACGCAGGGGGAUACAACGCAGGGGGAUACAACGCAGGGGGAGACAACGCAGGGGGAGACAACGCAGGGGGAUACAAUGUGGUGAAGGUGGAUGCAGGGAACCUUCGGGGUUCUAAUAGUUGUCUUUGUGUCCGAUGUAGAGCUGACCAAUGAAUUCCUGCAGAUUCUGGAAAAGACGCCCAGCAGGCUGAAAAGGAUACGCAACUGGAGGGUAGGUUCUGCUCUCACAACUGGUGUAAGUCUUACAGCAUUUAGCACUAGUAGCUACUACUUCACUAUUUCAUCAGAUUUGUCUUCUGAAUGAUAUUGACUGACAUUUGGGGUGGAAUGUUUUGGUGUUGCCUUUUUAACUGAAUUUCACGACAUCUCCAUUCCAGGCCACGCAAGCUGCCAAGAAGCCGAAGAUGGACAGCCAGUCGGGCGACACCAUCUUCCAAGGGACCUCCUCAUUGGACAGCAUCACCGGUGUGUCCGGCAGCAACUCGUUCUUCCCUUCGUCUCUGUCAGACUCUGGGGAGAUGCCUUCACUAGACGACAUGUCUGUCCCGUUCCCUCCCUACCAGGCCCUGGCUGGUGACCAGGCUGAGCUGCUGGGUCUGGACCAGGGCCUUUCGUUUCUUCCUCAAGCCGUCCCUUCAAAGUACCCAUCAGGCAAACACGAACACAAAACGGGCAGUGCAGGCAAGCAUCCACAGGCACUGCCCAGUAACCCCUCGCCCUUCACCCGCCCCCCACAGAAACUGUCCCUGGACAAGUACAGAGAGAAACAGGCAGCAGAUCUGCAGGCCAUGCAGAACGGUGUCAGAGAGGAGCAGAGCGGUGUGGACAUGUACCAGUCCCCCGCCCUCUCUCACCCGCAGUCCCAUAAAAGACGCUCCCAGCCUGGGCAGGGUGUCCCCCAGCACGGGGACAGUAGGAGGGACAAGGCCAGCUCUAAAAAGAUACGCAGUCUCCCACCACAGGCCUUGGCUGUUGAGAACGGCGUUGCGGCCAGCAACGAGGAGCUGAAGAUGAGAAUCAAAGUCUCGGCUGAGCGGGACCAGGGCGGCCAUGUUGGUGUCCCACAAGGCAAAGAGAAGUACAAAGACCACUCUGGCCCCAGCAGACACCCCAAGCACGGCCACUCGCACCCCUAUGCCCUCAGCGGGAAUGGCCGAGGGGCCAUCGACCCCGCCCUGGCCCUCAGAGUCCUCGGGGGCCAUGGUAGCGACCUGGGGGGCUCCAGUUCCUCCUCCAGGAAACGGGCCAACCCCGACGUCAGUAGUCACAACAACCACCACCACUCUGCUAAGAGCAGCAGGAGUUCCAAAGGCGCCGGAGGCUCCUCCCACUACUCUUCGGACAGCAGUGGCGGCACGAGGACGGUGGAGAGACACCACGGUGGCCCGGAGGGGUCAAACGGAGUGCUGGGUUCUAACGGCCAACACACCGACUACAAAGACACUUUUGACAUGCUGGACUCUCUGCUAAGUGCCCAAGGAAUGAACCUGUAAAUCCAGACAGAGUUCAUCGUUUAGCAUGGGUGCAGGCUGUUUGGCUCUCUUGCCAACUCCUUCUAAACAUGUUUGGCUUGACAUUUGAGUUGGCAAGAUUGGACAAACAGCUCUGGAUGCCAGGCUAGGAGGAGUUGUUGGAUGGAGAGGAGAAAACAAUUCUGAAAAAGAUAUAUAGGUUUUUAUGAUUUUAAAAAAUGAUUUUAUAACCUUUAAGUUAUCUGAAAGUAACUUCAUCACCCAGUCAGUCCUGUCCACACACGGUAAUAAUUAUUGAUGCUUUAAGGCUCUUCAGAAAUGUCCACAACAUGAUAUAUACACAGUGUUGUAAUGCUACCUGUCUGCUUGCUAAAAACCCCUGUGAGCCACGUUCACUGGUUCUGUGAUUGACAAAAUUCCAGAUUUGAAUUCUGUUCUUUUAAGGAGAUAAAGAAGGUUGGUGUUAUUAAUGAUGUGCAUGUUUCAAUCACAUAAGGGAAGAGAGCAGCCUGGUGGCGGUUUACAGAGUGUCAACGUAAAUGCGCGUACGUUUUUGUAUGUUAAGAAACAACCUUAUUCCUUGAAAUACUCAGGUCUUUAAACUUUUUUGAUAUAAAGAACGAAAGAAAUCUUCCUCUCUUGGUGUAAUACCUGUAUCUGUAGAGAUGUAUAACUUUGUUGGUUGAAGGCUGCAGAAGUACAGCGUCUAUCUUACCGUGGAGGCUGUUUGUCUGCUUGUCUUCUAAGGGGAGGGCACAAAUUGUAUAUGAUUGGCAAUCCAACUAAUCACACAUGGGUAGUCCGAGGAGAUACGUAGGCCCUUACCCAAAUCAACCCCUCAUAGACCCUAUGGCUGUGUCCAAAAUGGCUCCCUAUGUAUCGCACUACUAUUGACCAGGGCCCACAACGUUCCCAGCUGGGGAAAACACUAGGUCCUGGUCAAUAGUAGUGUACUACAUAGGGAAUAG